AUGUUGGAGGUGUCUAGAUCUUGUAUUUGCCCCAGAAAUUCUGCGGAUGAGUCGGAUGAGGCUUUGUUUGUAGGGCUUAGCAGGGAUCUCAGAGUUGCAACUCUUGAGAAGCUUCUCAGCUGUGCUCGCCUGCAAAGCCCAACAUGGCCUACAAUCCAUGUGGACGAAUGCAGGCACCAGGGAACUGUUCCAUAUCCUCUUCCUUACCCAGCAGCUUUGGCAGAUGCUCAUAUGAGCGAUACACAUACCAGCUGGCUACCGAUGAUGCUUUCCUUUGAGGUGAAAAGAAUUGAAACGUGA